AUGAACUUGGCUGCUCAAAACGGCCACCUCGACAUUGUCAAGUGGCUUCACGACAACACGAAAGAGGGGUGUACCGUCGUUGCGAUGAACUGGGCUGCUCGCAAUGGCCACAUCAACGUCGUCAAGUGGCUCCACGAGAACCGAAUCGAAGGCUGUACUACGUUUGCGAUGAACUGGGCUGCUAAGAACGGCCACUUCGACGUCGUUAAGUGGCUCCACAACAACAGAAAAGAGGGGUGUACGGAAGAUGCUAUGGAGUGGGCUGCUAAAAAUGGCCGUCUAGAAGUCGUCAAGUGGUUACAUGCGCAUCAAGUCGUCAAGUGGUUACAUGCGCAUCGUGGAGAGGGCUGCAUGGAGCAUGCGAUGGAUAAAGCUGUCGAAAACGGCCACCUUAAUGUCGUCAAGUGGCUGCAUGAACAUCGUAAAGAGGGAUGUUCCGCGUCUGCGAUGGACGUGGCUGCUGGAAACGGCCAUCUUCACGUCGUGAAGUGGCUUGACUACAACCGCGCCGAUGGAUACCCGGAAGAUGCGAUGGACGACGCUGCGGCAAACGGCCACCUAAACGUUGUCAAGUGGCUUUACGAAAACAGAGACGAGGGACGCUUGGAGCAUGCGAUCCACUUGGCUAUUCUGAAUGGCCACGACGUGGACCAGUGGUUUCCGCAAGACCCAUAA